CUUCCCAGCCGCCCGGUGCCGCCGAGUCACAGCCCCCGCAUCGCCUCACCCGACAGCAGCAGCGAGUCGCCCAUGUGGAGGUACCCAGGAGGUGUCAGCAGAGAGAGUUGUGCAGAAGAACUAAUGGAUGAAGAUGACAAGGACAAGGCAAAGAGGGCUUCACGUAACAAGUCUGAGAAAAAGAGACGAGAUCAGUUCAAUGUCCUCAUCAAGGAACUUAGUUCCAUGCUUCCAGGAAGUAUCCGUAAGAUGGACAAAUCUACAGUGUUACUGAAGACCAUCGACUUUCUACAAAAGCACAAUGAAACAUCAACACAAACUGAAACAAAUACUAUUCAGCAUAACUGGAAGCCUUCAUUUCUGAGCAAUGAAGAAUUUACACAACUGAUGUUAGAGGCAUUAGAUGGCUUUAUCAUAGCUGUAACAACAGAUGGAAAUAUCAUUUAUGUUUCUGAUAGCAUUACACCGCUACUUGGACAUUUACCUUCUGACAUCGUCGAUCAGAAUUUAUUAAAUUUCCUCCCAGAACAGGAACAUGGAGAAGUAUAUAAGUUGCUGUCCUCUCAUACAUUAGUGACUGAUUCUGUUUUGCCAGACUAUUUAAACUCUGAGAAUUACUUUGAGUUUUGUUGCCAUCUGCUUCGAGGGAUUUUGGACCCAGAGGAACCGCCUACUUAUGAAUAUUUACGAUUUGUUGGGAAUUUUCAGUCUUAUGACAAUGUGCCUAGUUCGUCUUGUAAUGGCUUCGAAGGUGCUGUCCAAAGGACAUUUCAAUCAGCACUAAAUGAACAGAUGUGUUUUGUAGCUACUGUUCGGCUAGCAACACCUCAGUUUAUAAAGGAUAUGUGCAUAAUUGAAGAACCUUUAGAAGAAUUUACUUCAAGACAUAGCUUGGAGUGGAAAUUUUUAUUUCUGGAUCACAGGGCUCCACCAAUCAUAGGUUACUUGCCUUUUGAAGUCCUGGGCACUUCUGGUUAUGAUUAUUACCACGUGGAUGACCUGGAUCAGCUUGCAAGGUGCCACGAACAGUUAAUGCAGUUUGGUAAAGGAAAGUCCUGCUGUUACCGGUUCCUGACGAAAGGACAACAGUGGAUCUGGCUUCAAACCCACUACUACAUUACCUAUCACCAAUGGAACUCUAAACCAGAGUUCAUUGUGUGCACACACAGUUUAGUGAGCUAUGCAGAGGUUCGAGCCCAGCGACGACAAGAAAACGACUUGGAUGAUUCUGCUGCCGAGAUUGUUGGUUCUUCAACACUCAAGGGCCAUGACUUGAGGCUUGAUACUCAACAACAUUUUAGCACAUUUGAAGUAGAUGCACCAGUGCUGCGUGGCAGCCCAACACCAUCUUUAUCAUCUCAGAGUUCACACAAGUCCUUUCACACCUCCGUGUCUGAAUCACCAUCAACUCCAAGUAAACUGCUUUCAGAAUCUGGUGCUCCAUCUCUACAAUCUACACCAUCAGCGCAACAAGAUAUAGCAACACCACAGCAUCAACCUGCCUCAAACCAGCCUUCACUAUCACAGCCAUCUGUUGAUCUACUUUCCCAGCAGUUGUUGCCCCAGCCGACUAUGACCAGUCAGCCUGUAUCAAUAGCACAGCCAGCAUAUCAUUUUUCAACGCAGCUUGACAUGAUUCAGUCUCUCAAAGAUCAGCUUGAGCAACGCACACGCAUUCUUCAGGCAAACAUCACGUGGCAGCAAGAAGAACUACAUAAAAUCCAGGAACAACUGUGCAUGGUAGAUGACUCAAAUCUACAGAUAUUCCUACAGCAACCAGUGUCCAUUAGCUUCAGCCCAUUACAGCAUCCAGAGCCGCAACAACAGAUGGGCCUUAUAGUACAGGAUCAGGUUCUACCCACACAGCCAGCAGCAGGAUCAACACAAACUGGGACUAAGCAGGUGUCUUUACAACAGGUUGCAAGGGAAGCAAGUGCAGUCUCCAACCAGGGUCCUAAAUCAUUAAGAAGUGGACAGAUGAUACAGACCUCCUUGUCCAACCUGACCUCUGGUAGCCUGGCAUUACAUUUCAGCAGCCCUGCAAUGUUCUCUCAGUCCCCCUUGAUGACACUCCAAAGGGAUUGCAGUGACAGUCAUUCAUCUCCUAAUUUCAGCCAUGAUCGGCAAUUAAGAAUGCUGCUUAGUCAACCCAUUCAACCAAUGAUGCCCACAACAUGCCACACCAGGCAGCCCACAGAGUUCAGUAGUGCUGCUCAACAAGCUAAAUACCCACAAGGGCAGCAAAUGCUUCAGAAUCUGGCACUGCAGCAAGUCAGCAACACAACACCAUUAGUCUCUAGUGCAGUGAUCAUGGGUCAAAUAAUAACACCCCCAGGAUUUUCCACACCUCAGCCAUCUCAGUCUCUGCCUCAGCAAACUAUGCAACUUCAACAACAGCAACAUUACCUACAGCAGACACAGGCGCCCAGUUCUUUGCAGGGUGAGCAACCAGAGCUUCUCCUUUCAUCUUAUCAACAAGAUUCAAUGGGAUACCACCCACAACCUCAGCAAAGACCACAUGCACAACAUCUCUCUGAAACAUCAAAUGUUCAGCCUUCCCGGUAGCCUUUAAAUACAAAGAAGAAGUUGAUCUUCAAAAACAUUUUUAAGAGUGAUGCUCACCCUUUCUAUUUAAUAGUCUAUUGUACAUUUUCAUGCCAUGGUACAAGUAUGUUGAAAAUAUGAAUAUUAAGGAAAUAUUAUUAACAUGUUUAGCUUUUUUUGUUCACUUGAAAAGGAAAAAAAAAGCAUAUUGGAAGUUUGAUCAUUCAAACUGGCAUCAAAGGUUUCUAGAUACAUGAUGGUUUUAACUCUGCACCUCAUCUUCUUAAGUUACAAUUAUUCAAUUAUUUUCAAAAAAUGUCUGCUGCUUUUUGAUGUAUACCUGGAGCAUCACUGAAGUUAAAAAAAAAGACUUGAGUUUGUUGCAUAACUCAUGAUCAUGAACUAAAUCUACAAUAGUUGAACAGUUAAUUUUUUAAAACUGACAUAUAUAUAUAUAUAUAGAUAUAAUAUACACAGAUAAAACAAAUGGACUUAUGAUUCAUUUUGGCCUUUAAAAUUUGCCAUCAUCUGUUGAUUGCAAACUAUAGCACUGGAGGAAUUAAGCACUGCGGAGCACUGAAAGAUGCACUUGUCUUUUUGCACAAACUGGGCUUAUGUUUGCAACGUGACCUCAUAACUGUUAUUGAACAUAUCUUUGAAAAUUCCCUGAGCUACACUGCCAAAUUGGCGAACUUCCGACAAUCCAAGAGCUGCUCUAAUACUGGGUCCUCUCAAGAACAUAUACUUCGGCCAAAUCUUUCAAGCCCUAUGGGACAUUCUUCAUUUUUACCUUCAAUGGAACAACCAUUGAUUUUAAAAGGAUCUCUGCAACACUGGACAUUAAAAAAACUGUUUACUUUGUGGUGUACAAUUCUCAGAGAAAUGCACUUUUUUCUGAUUAGUAUGUUUUUGUUAAAGUUGUUGUAUUUGUUACAUAAAAAUCCCUAAUUAAAAGUGAGGAAGGAAUUAUCUAUCGUACAGAUACUGUAAUAUAUAGGUUAUUUCUGUAUAAAUGAUUCUUUGGAAGAAAAGUGGAUAUUAGUCAAAUUUUGUAUAAAAUCCAUCAAUCCAUUUCAUAUUCAAGUUUAUUUUGUGAAUAACCAUUUUGUAAUAAAUAGAAAAAAUGUUUGACAUAUUUU